AUGGCUUCGAAAGGCGCCAAGAAAGGUAUCGACGCCAAGGCGAAACCCAUCUCCAAUGCCUCUCAGAAACCAAAUAGUUGGCAUACCGACCCAUACCCGUGCACCGCUCCGAGAUGCAUCGAGGUCGUCAAACUCGUGGGCCAGUUCAUGGACUUGUCCAUGGACUACAAGGUUCCCGACGAGACUACGUACGGGUUCUACGCCGCCGUGAUCGAGGAGCUGAAGGCCCAGUAUGCGGCCAUGGCGGCCGACUCGGGGGACUUGAAGCAGAAACUCUCCGGUCUGUUCAGGGAGUGGCAGGAUCAGGGAGAGACGCCCAUGGAUGCGGAGGUCGUCGGAGCCGUCGCAAGGAUGAAGAUCUUCAUGGCCGCUUGGACGAGAACGGUCGACGAGAUUGAGACGCUGAAGUCUGUCGAUGGGUCGCUGGCAAAGCCCUCAAAGGCUCGGAAACCAGCAAAGGGCGGGAAAUAG